AGGCUGCUUGUUCUAUGGGCCACCUGGUACAGGUAAGACUUUGGUGGCCAGGGCCUUAGCCAACGAAUGCAGUGUUGGUGACAGAAGAGUGGCUUUCUUCAUGAGGAAGGGUGCUGACUGCUUAAGUAAAUGGGUUGGAGAGUCUGAGCGUCAGCUGCGACUGCUUUUUGAUCAGGCCUAUCAGAUGCGACCAUCAAUUAUUUUCUUCGAUGAAAUUGAUGGCUUGGCUCCUGUAAGAUCCAGCAGACAAGAUCAAAUUCACAGCUCUAUAGUUUCCACAUUGCUUGCGCUCAUGGAUGGUUUGGACAGUAGAGGGGAGAUUGUAGUGAUUGGAGCCACAAACCGACUUGAUUCAAUUGAUCCUGCUUUAAGAAGACCUGGAAGGUUUGAUCGAGAAUUCCUUUUCUGCUUACCAGACAGAAUUGCAAGAAAAGAGAUUCUCAAGAUUCACACACAAGACUGGAGUCCUCAACCAUCUGAUUUAUUUUUAGAAGAACUUGCUGAAAAGUGUGUUGGUAAUUCUCGUCUCCCAUCACCAUUAAGUCUGCUCAUGACCUCCUUCUCUUCUCCUCUCUUGUUACCGCUUCUCAUUCCCGUCUUCAGGACUUCACCAGAUUGA